CCCCACUGUAUAUAGGUUUGGAAAAGAUCCAGAGGGAUUACAUUGAUAGAAGCCACAACCUAUCUGCAAUAUUAAGCUGAUCUACCAUCUAAAAUAUAUAUUUUUUAAAUAAUUUGGUGAGACAAGAUUAAUGAUAGGAAUGCAGUCUUACCUCCAUUUCCUUACCACGCAGGGAGGAGGAACUCUACCUAAACAGGAUAAACAGGACAUGAGAGUAGAUAGCUCCAAACGACUUCACUGACAUUAACCUUAAAGGUUUAGAAGAAGACAGACAGGAUAAUUGGCACUUAUCAGAAUGGGUUGUUACACUGCACUCAUUGCUCUUCUGAUUAUCCUUCACACGGUAAAUGGACAGACUACUACAGCAACUCCACCAUCGAGUACUACUGAUUUACCAUUGAGCUCAGCAGCCCCACAGUCAAGUGGGACUCCUGUCCAACAAACGAGGUCAAAUGAUCCACUGUCAAGCUCAACAGCCACUUCAUCCUCAACAACUUCACCAUCAGAUACAACAGCUUCAUCAGUUGGUAUAACAACCUCGUCAACAGAUGUAACACCCUCACUGGUUGGUGCCUCAUCUCAAGUGUCAAACACAGACAAUCCUACAUCUAUUGCAACAACUAAAGCAUCAAGUUUGACGCGUCAACGUCCAAAUGCAACAGCUCUGCCAUCAAAUGUAACAACUCCAUCUACCAAUACAAGCUCUCAGAGUGCAUGGACAACUCUGGCCACUACAGGCGGGUCAUUGAAUGCCACUCAAUAUCACUUUGGCAAUUUGUCGACACCAUUUCCUGGGAUUAAUGGAACUAGCCCAGUUCCUCUGGUGGCUUCAUUCUCAAGGAGAUGUUCUUCAAAUCCACCUCUGUGUUGUCUUGGACUCAACAAUUCCUGUUUCAGAGGGUGCUUCUGUGAUGUGGCCUGUAUAAGGUUGAACGAUUGCUGCCCAGACUUCCAGACAACUUGUGUGACAGGUGUGCAGAUUGGAUCAGCCACGGUGUCCUCAGUCUCCAACGCAACCAAUGCAACCAAUGCAACCAACGCAACCAACGCAACCAACGCAACCAAUGCAACCAACGCAACCAACACAACCAAUGCAACCAACACAACCAACACAACCAACGCAACCAACACAACCAACGCAACCAAUUCCACUUCCACAUCAUUCCCAGUGUUCUCAUUUCCAGGAAAUUGUUCUGCCCGGCCGGCCUUGUGCUGUAAAGGCGCCAACGUGAACUGCUUCAGAGGGUGCUUCUGUGACGAGGCUUGUCAGACUCUAAAUGACUGCUGUCCUGACUAUGCAGAUACCUGCACAAAAGACAUUCAGAAGGUGAUUGGUAGUGGAACUAUAUCCAUUCUUGCUCCACCCAAUUCAACUGAUGCGUCUCUUGAAGUGUCUAUUCAGAAUGCUGCAUUACAGCUGCAGACCUAUCUCAAGACAACAUACACUGAAAUCAGCUCCUUCAGAAUCAUCAAACUUAAGAAGACCGGAAAGACUUAAUUUGUAAAUCUGCUCAAACACAUCGAAAAUAUGUGAUUGCAUUUUAGAUUAGAUUGCAUUUUUCUUUCUCUCUGUGUGAUGAAACUAAACAUAAUUGAUUAUAUUACAACGUAAAGCACUUGUAAUAGAUACUUCUAAUGUAUAUCUGGUUUGAUGGGUACUAUGUGGGAGAACAAUAAUAUAUGAAUUGUAUUGGUCGCAUACACAUAUUUAGCAGAUGUUAUUGUGGGUGUAGUGAAAUGCUUGUGUACAGAGAAAUGCUUUGCACGGCUGUCUGUGGAUGAGAUAUGUCUUUAAUGUAAUUUCUCAAAUAAAUUGUCAGACUUA